AUGUCCAUUGUCUGGACAAUUAUGCUAACAAUUAGCUAUGUAUUGGCCAUCGGUAGCGAAUCGGCGGCCACUUUCUGGCUAAGCUUAUGGAGUGACGAUCCGGAUAGAGGUUCAAAAAAAUCAUACUAUUUAGUAGGCUAUGCACUGAUGGGUUCGUCAAAAAUCCUAUUUCUGGGCCUGUCGUGGAUCGGUAUUAUCAGUGUCGGUGUAUUGGCAGCCAAACGACUAUACGAAACACUACUAUCAUCGAUAGUACAGUCGCCGAUGAGCUUCUUCGAUACGACACCAUUGGGUCGUAUAGUUAACCGUUUUAGCAAAGAUAUCGACAUUUUGGACACUCAGAUGUCGUCGACAUUAAACUUAGAGUUGACCACCCGAUCGCCAAUUUAUAUACAUUUUAGCGAAACACUAUCUGGUGUGUCGACAAUACGGGCUUAUGGAUGUCAGGAGAGGUUUAUCAGGGAAUCGGAUCGUAGAAUCGAAAUCAAUCAACAGUGUCUGUAUCCGAGUGCCGGUGCAUUGGGUUGGGUAUUGUUAAGACUAGAAUUAUUGUCGAAUAUGAUUACCUAUUCGGCCGCCCUGUUUGCCGUACUGGCCAAAGGUCGGAUCAGUGCCGGUUCGGUUGGCCUAUCGCUUAACUAUGCGGUCAAUAUUUCCGGUUCGAUGGACGACUUUGUCCGCUUGUCGGCCGUAAUGGAAAACAAUAUGGUUUCGGUUGAACGAGUGGACGAAUAUUCUGAACUGAAACCCGAAACCGAUUGGCACUCAACUAACCGCAGAGUUGUAUCAGAUAACUGGCCGAUAAUGGGUUGUAUAGAGUUUGUCGACUAUAGUACCCGAUAUCGUCAGGGAUUGGAUUUAGUACUCAAACAGAUUAACAUCAAAAUCAAUGCCAAAGAAAAAAUCGGAAUCGUUGGCCGCACCGGUUCGGGAAAGUCGUCACUGAGUUUAGGAUUAUUUCGUAUAAUAGAGUCAGUCGGCGGCAAAAUAGUGAUCGACGGCAUAGAUAUCAGUGAACUGGCACUACAUGUAUGUCAUAGGCACUCGGACUCCGAUUUGUGGACAGCCUUAGAGCGAUCACAUCUCAAACAUUAUGUUUUGUCCGACAAAUCGGGACUCGACUUUCCAGUCAUUGAAGGCGGAGAUAACCUCAGUGUAGGUCAGAGACAACUCAUUUGUUUGGCCCGAGCUUUGCUCAGAAACACAACUGUCCUCAUACUCGAUGAGGCAACGGCUGCAGUCGAUGUUGAGACCGAUACACUCAUACAGACAACUAUUAGGUCAGAGUUUGCCAACUGUACUGUACUAACCAUUGCUCACAGACUAAACACUAUACUUGAUUCCGAUCGUGUGUUAGUCCUAUCCGAUGGACGGGUAGUUGUAUUUGAUUCGCUAACAGUUCUACUCUCAAACAUUUCAUCACAAUUUUAUUUAUUGGCAAAAAAUGCGGGCAUUGUUUGA